AUGUAUCAGCCAGACAUAGCUCCCCUCAUUCCCUGUGGUUUUUUCACUUCUAGCCCAAGAGGCCCAGGAGCAAACCUGGAGGAGAGACCUGGAGAAAGCUGGAAACAUGCUGCCCUUGGGCACUGCGAAGAAGCAGAUUCAGCUCCUGAGAUGACUGUCAGCGCACAUGAGGGGGAUGGGCAUCCCCAAAUCUGCCGUGUAUGCGGGGACAAGGCGACUGGCUAUCACUUCAAUGUCAUGACAUGUGAAGGAUGCAAGGGAUUUUUCAGGAGAACCAUGAAACGCAACACCCGGCUGAGGUGCCCCUUCCGGAAAGGCACCUGCGAGAUCACCCAGAAGACCCGGCGACAAUGCCAGGCCUGCCGCCUCCGCAAGUGCCUGGAGAGCGGCAUGAAGAAGGAGAUGAUCAUGUCGGAUGCGGCUGUGGAGCAGAGGCGGGCCUUGAUCAGGAGGAAGAAGAGAGAACGGACGGGCACUCAGCCCCUGGGAGCCAAGGGUCUGACUGAGGAGCAGCAGACAAUGAUCAGAGAGCUGAUGGAUGCUCAGAUGAAAACCUUUGACACCACCUUCUCCCACUUCAAGGAUUUCCGGCUGCCAGAAGUGCUCAGCAGUGGUCAUGGGAUCCCGGAAUCUCUGCAGACUCCGUCAGGGGAAGAAGCUGCCAAGUGGAGCCAGAUCAGGGAAGAUCUGUGCUCCCUGAAGGUCUCUCUGCAGCUGCGGGGGGAAGAUGGCAGCGUCUGGAACUACAAACCCCAAGCUGACAGCAGUGGGAAAGAGAUCUUCUCCAUGCUGCCCCACAUGGCUGACAUGUCAACCUACAUGUUCAAAGGCAUCAUUAACUUUGCCAAAGUCAUCUCCCACUUCAGGGACUUGCCCAUCGAAGACCAGAUCUCCCUGCUGAAGGGGGCCACCUUUGAGCUCUGCCAACUGAGAUUCAACACGGUGUUCAACGCAGAGACCGGUACCUGGGAGUGCGGUCGGCUGUCCUACUGCUUGGAGGAUCCUGCAGGUGGCUUCCAGCAGCUUCUCCUGGAGCCCGUGCUGAAAUUCCACUACAUGCUGAAGAAGCUGCAGCUGCACAAGGAGGAGUAUGUGCUGAUGCAGGCCAUCUCUCUUUUCUCUCCAGACCGCCCUGGUGUGACGCAGCGCCGCGUAGUGGACCAGCUGCAGGAGAGCUUCGCCCUGGCCCUGAAGGCCUACAUUGAGUGCAAUCGGCCGCAGCCUGCCCAUCGGUUCCUGUUCCUGAAGAUCAUGGCCAUGCUCACCGAGCUCCGCAGCAUCAACGCCCAGCACACCCAGCGUCUGCUGCGUAUCCAGGACAUACACCCCUUUGCUACCCCUCUCAUGCGGGAGCUGUUCAACAUCACAGAUGGCUGA